GUCCCGCGGGCACCAUGAGCCCCCUCCUGCUGGCCGCCCUGCUGCUGCUGCUGCUGCCGCCGCUGCCCCCUGGAGCCCCAGCGCAGACUUCCAGCUCUCCGGCUGAGGGCCUCCCCCACAGAGACAAAGCGGUUCCCUGGCUCGAGGUGUUCAGCCGAGCCUCCUGCCAGCCCCGGGAGGUGCUGGUGCCCUUGAGCGUGGAGUUCCCCGGGGAGGUGGCCCAGAGGCUGGUGCCUAGCUGUGUGACCCUGCAGCGCUGCGGAGGCUGCUGCCCUGAUGAGGCUCUGGAGUGUGUGCCCACUGGCCAGCGCCACGUCCGAAUGCAGAUUCUGAUGAUCAGACACCUGAGCAGUCACCUGGGGGAGAUGUCCCUUGUAGAGCACAGCCACUGUGAAUGCAGACCAAAAAAGGCCCCUUCGGCGCAGCUAGCCAGCCCCAGGCCCAAGUGUCCCAGAUGUGUCCAGAGACGACAGCGCCCUGACCCUCGGACCUGCGCCUGUCGCUGCCGACGCCGAAGCUUACUGCGUUGCCAAGGUCGGGGCCUAGAAUUCAACCCAGACACCUGCAGGUGCAAGAAGCUUCGAAGGUGACUUGACCCUUCCUGGAUUCCAAUGGGACCUGACCCCAAGAUAGGAUGGGGGAGCCCUGUUGGGUCCCAGCACUUACAGCUCAAGCUGGAAAGGAAGUUGCUGCUACAAAGGAACCCCAGACCUCUUGGUGUGAUCCACUAUCCUAAGCUGUCACGCUUGAAGGGGAAGAGAAGGGCAGGGGAGGUCACUCAUUUGGGGUAAAAGGGAAUCAAAUCUCCUUUAUUUAAGCACCUUGCCACUGAACUCCUCACUGCCUUCCCCUGCCAAUUGACAAUGGGGCAAGAGAAGGUGGGGAGACCCCAGAGCCACCCAGAAUGUUUUGGCUUUGGUUCAUGGACUGUGUGAUCCCCCCCCCAAAAAAAAACCUCAUAAAAGAGAUGAAAAGAA